AUGGGGGAAGAAGGGGGGGAUAUUGAGGUGGGAGUGAAUGGAAUUUGGGGGGUAGGUUUGGGAGGAGUGGUGGGGGGGGUGGGUGUGGUUGUUUGGAUAGAGGUGAGGUUGUUGGUGUGGGGUUAUUUGAUGGUGUGGUUUUGGGAUGAGAGGAAGGUUUAUAGUAUGGGUUGUUGGGGGGUAUGGGGGGGGUAUUGUUGGGUGGGGUGGGAUUAUUUGGAAGGGGGGGGGGGGGGGGGGUAA